GUCAACUAAUCGGUAAAAUAUCGCCAACCCUUUGUCACCAAAUUAUGCUCACUCUCUCACUCUACCCCCUCUUCCUCAGGCUUUAGAUUAGCAGAGUUGUGUCCUUUAAGAGCUUUGGCUUCUUCUUAACUACUGGCGCUCUCUCUCUAGACUUCUGUUCAAGAUUUUGUUGUGCGAGUGUGUGUGAGAGAGAGAUACAAGGGGAAAAUAGAGAAGAUCUUAUGGAGUACGAGAGGAUACACAAAGUUCAGACUGGUAUAAUAUCCCCAAGUAAGUUGAGGAUGAAGCUUAUAGGGUCACACCAUCAGAAGAAAAAGGACGGAUCAAACAGUAAUUCUUCAAGAACAUCUCCUUCUAGACUGGAGGAUUCAGAGUUUGUCAAGAACAGCUUGUUGGCAGCCCCAAAUGGAGAUUCUGGCGAGGAAGGUUCAAGUUUAGAAGUUCCUUCUAUUAAAUCUGAUAGUGCUACAUUAGAUGCAAGCCAAGGUGAUGGAAAUUCGUUGCAGCCCAAGGAGCUCGCAUUAAGGGAAAAUGGUGAUACCGGCCGCUUUAGAAUGCAGCUAGUUUCAAAGGGUGAUGGCGGUAAUUCUAGUUCAGUCCAUCCGGUGAGAACAUGUGAAGAUGAAAAUCUUGAUUAUGACAGCACAUCGAGUUUUGAGUUCCAUAAAGGGGAGAGGUCACUGCACCAUUCUGUCUCAAGAUCCUUCUCGAGACCCAUGUCGUCCAAAUGGAAUGAUGCGGAGAAGUGGAUCAUGAACAGGCAAAAUGUGCAAUCCAAUAUCUCAAAGAAGACAAAUCUACAAAAUCAAGUGAACCGGCCGUCAGCUUCAAAUAUGGUGAGAAUUACACCCGAGGCUACAAGUUUUGAGAAUAAGCCGUCAGUGAAGAGGGUUGAUUUUUGUCAACCUGCAUCACAGACGGGGCUGGCCAAGUUUGCCUUCGCUUCCCAUGGAGCUGGACCGGUUUCAGGUCAAGUAAAUGGAGCGAAUGCGUUAAUUGAUUUGUGCCCUGAAAGUAAGGAUUUGACUGAGGUAGAUGAUACGAGGUUGGCUUGCACCAAGAGCGUGACAGAAGAAACCACAGGGGUUCCUGGCAUAAGAUCAGUGUCAAUGAGAGACAUGGGAACAGAAAUGACUCCUAUUCCAAGUCAAGAGCCUUCAAGAAGUGCUACUCCUGUAAGCGCAACAACCCCACUCCGCAGCCCGACUUCCUCCAUACCUUCCACUCCACGAAGAGGAGAGCCCACGCCCACACCAACAGAACAUGCAAUAGGCAGUCUCACCCAAAACUUAGCCGACAAUGGGAAGAAAGAUUUGUCUGAGCAAGAACUGAAGCUCAAAACCAGAAGGGAGAUUGUUGCCCUGGGUGUCCAGCUUGGUAAGAUGAAUAUUGCUGCUUGGGCAAGCAAGGAUGAGAAAGAAAAAAGUAAUUCUGGUAAUGAAGUGGAUGGAGAUGAACUUGAACAGAUUGAGUAUGCAAAACGUGCUGCUGCAUGGGAAGAAGCUGAGAAGUCUAAACAUGCUGCCAGGUUUAAACGAGAAGAAAUAAGAAUUCAAGCAUGGGAGAGUCAGCAGAAAGCAAAGCUUGAAGCUGAAAUGAGGAAAAUAGAGGCCCAAAUUGAGCAAAUGAAAGCACAAGCUCAAGCAAAGAUGGUAAAGAAGAUAGCAAUGGCAAGGCAGAAAUCAGAGGAAAAACGGGCUGCAGCUGAAGCUAGGAAAAAUCGGCAGGCCGAAAAAACUGCAGCACAGGCAGAGUACAUCCGCCAAACUGGUCGAAUUCCGUCAUCGCCUUUUGUCUGCUGUGGUUGGUCAUAACCUGGCCCAGGAAGUCUGCAACAAUCUAGAGUUACCAGAGGUGCUCUCCAUUGGAGUAGUUUCUGUCUGUUAAGUCAUGCGAUUGGAGUAGCGCUAUCCUGUAUUGUUUCUAUACAUCUAUGUAUCUAUCAACAAUUUCAAGAAGCCUUAGGAUUGGAGUGCAAUUGAGCCAAGCAAGUAUACAUGCCUUCAUUUACACCCUGUACAGUAAGGUGUAAUGACGAUUGCCCUUUUUUGUUAUAUCUCUGGUGCUUAAUAUCAAUCUGAAAUUUCUUUUUGAUCAAAA